GACUGCGGACACAGUACAGGAGAUGACCAGAGACUGCGGACACAGUUCAGGGAUGACCAGAGACUGCGGACACAGUACAGGGAUGACCAGAGACUGCGGACAGCACAGGGAUGACCAGAGACUGUGGACAGUACAGGGGAUGACCAGAGACUGCGGACAUAGUACAGGAGAUGACCAGAGACUGCGGACAUAGUACAGGAGAUGACCAGAGACUGCGGACAUAGUACAGGAGAUGACCAGAGACUGCGGACAUAGUGCAGGAGAUGACCAGAGACUGCGGACACAGUGCAGGAGAUGACCAGAGACUGCGGACAGUGCAGGGGAUGACCAGAG